AAACUAGCUAGGGGAGGACCUCCAGCUACCAUCGUGGCCAUUGAUGAAGAGAGUCGGAAUGGGACAAUUCUGGUGGACAACAUGCUGAUUAAGGGAACUGCCGGAGGACCAGACCCCACCAUAGAGCUCUCUUUAAAGGACAACGUGGAUUACUGGGUGUUGCUGGACCCUGUCAAACAGAUGCUUUUCCUGAACAGUACCGGAAGAGUUCUGGAUAGAGACCCACCAAUGAACAUACACUCCAUUGUAGUGCAAGUCCAGUGUGUCAACAAGAAGGUGGGCACAGUCAUCUAUCAUGAAGUACGUAUUGUGGUGCGGGAUCGGAAUGACAACUCACCCACGUUCAAGCACGAAAGCUACUAUGCCACUGUGAAUGAGCUCACUCCGGUUGGCACCACAAUAUUCACGGGAUUUUCAGGCGAUAAUGGAGCUACAGACAUAGACGAUGGCCCUAAUGGACAGAUAGAAUACGUCAUUCAGUACAACCCAGAAGAUCCGACGUCCAACGACACCUUCGAAAUUCCGCUGAUGUUGACUGGCAACGUGGUGCUGAGGAAAAGACUCAACUAUGAGGACAAGACUCGCUACUACGUCAUCAUCCAAGCGAACGACCGUGCACAAAAUCUGAAUGAGAGGCGAACAACCACCACCACCCUCACAGUAGAUAUUCUAGAUGGAGAUGACCUUGGACCUAUGUUUCUGCCUUGUGUUCUUGUGCCAAACACCCGUGACUGCCGUCCACUCACCUACCAAGCUGUCAUUCCUGAGCUGAGAACUCCGGAAGAACUGAACCCUAUUUUGGUGACCCCACCUAUCCAAGCCAUUGAUCAGGACCGAAACAUCCAACCACCAUCUGAUCGACCUGGCAUCCUCUACUCCAUCCUUGUCGGCACCCCUGAGGAUUACCCCCGCUUCUUCCACAUGCAUCCCAGGACUGCAGAACUUACUCUCCUGGAGCCAGUAAACAGAGACUUCCAUCAAAAAUUUGAUUUGGUUAUUAAGGCCGAGCAGGACAAUGGCCACCCGCUGCCUGCCUUUGCUAGUCUCCACAUCGAAAUCCUGGACGAAAACAACCAGAGUCCAUACUUCACAAUGCCCAGCUAUCAAGGAUACAUCCUGGAAUCCGCCCCAGUGGGAGCCACCAUUUCUGAGAGCCUAAACUUAACCACCCCUCUGAGAAUUGUAGCUCUGGACAAAGACAUAGAAGACACUAAAGAUCCAGAGCUCCAUCUUUUCCUGAAUGAUUACACCUUGGUCUUCACUGUGACACCCACCGGUAUCACCCGCUACCUCACCUUGCUUCAACCUGUGGAUAGGGAGGAACAGCAAACCUAUACCUUUCUGAUAACAGCAUUUGAUGGCGUGCAAGAAAGUGAGCCCGUCGUGGUCAAUAUCCGAGUGAUGGAUGCAAAUGAUAACACGCCCACCUUCCCCGAAAUCUCCUAUGAUGUCUACGUUUACACUGACAUGAGUCCUGGGGACAGUGUGAUUCAGCUGACGGCGGUAGAUGCUGAUGAAGGCUCUAAUGGGGAGAUCUCCUAUGAAAUCCUGGUGGGGGGCAAAGGAGACUUCGUGAUCAACAGGACCACGGGGUUGGUGAGCAUCGCACCAGGAGUGGAGCUGAUCGUGGGACAGACAUACGCACUCACAGUGCAGGCCUCGGACAACGCCCCGCCUGCAGAGAGAAGGCACUCCAUCUGCACCGUGUACAUUGAGGUGCUGCCUCCCAACAACCAGAGCCCUCCCCGCUUCCCACAGCUGAUGUACAGUCUGGAAGUCAGCGAAGCCAUGAGAAUCGGCGCUGUUUUAUUAAAUCUGCAGGCAACUGAUCGAGAGGGAGACCCGAUCACAUAUGCCAUCGAGAAUGGAGACCCUCAGCGAGUUUUUAAUCUUUCGGAAACCACAGGGAUUCUCAGCCUAGGGAAGGCUCUAGACCGAGAGAGCACGGACCGCUACAUCCUUAUUGUCACAGCCUCAGACGGCAGGCCGGAUGGAACCUCAACAGCCACUGUGAACAUAGUGGUAACAGAUGUCAAUGACAACGCUCCUGUGUUUGAUCCCUAUCUGCCCAGGAACCUCUCUGUGGUGGAGGAAGAGGCCAAUGCCUUUGUGGGUCAAGUCCGGGCAACAGACCCAGAUGCUGGGAUAAACGGCCAAGUGCACUACAGCCUGGGGAAUUUCAACAACCUCUUCCGCAUCACAUCCAAUGGCAGCAUCUACACAGCCGUGAAGCUGAACAGGGAAGCCAGGGACCACUAUGAACUGGUUGUUGUGGCAACAGAUGGAGCAGUGCACCCUCGACAUUCAACUCUGACACUGUACAUCAAGGUUCUGGACAUUGAUGAUAACAGUCCUGUUUUUACAAAUUCAACAUACACGGUUGUCGUUGAGGAGAAUCUGCCAGCCGGGACCUCCUUCCUUCAAAUAGAGGCCAAGGAUGUUGAUCUUGGAGCCAAUGUGUCGUAUCGGAUCAGGAGCCCGGAAGUGAAGCACCUUUUUGCAUUACAUCCAUUUACUGGGGAAUUGUCUCUUCUGAGGAGUUUGGAUUAUGAGGCGUUUCCUGACCAAGAGGCAAGCAUCACAUUCUUGGUGGAGGCCUUUGAUAUUUAUGGGACGAUGCCACCUGGUAUAGCAACGGUCACAGUAAUUGUGAAGGACAUGAAUGACUACCCUCCAGUUUUUAGCAAACGCAUCUACAAAGGGAUGGUGGCUCCAGAUGCAGUCAAGGGGACCCCAAUCACCACCGUUUAUGCUGAAGACGCAGACCCACCUGGGUUGCCUGCAAGUCGGGUGAGGUAUCGAGUGGACAAUGUGCAGUUUCCGUACCCAGCCAGUAUUUUUGAUGUAGAGGAAGAUUCCGGAAGAGUGAUAACCCGAGUCAAUCUUAAUGAAGAGCCUACAACAAUUUUUAAGCUGGUGGUUGUGGCUUUUGAUGAUGGCGAGCCUGUGAUGUCCAGCAGUGCCACUGUGAGAAUUCUUGUCUUACAUCCUGGAGAGAUCCCACGUUUCACCCAAGAGGAAUACAGACCUCCUCCUGUAAGUGAGCUUGCUGCCAGAGGGACGGUAGUUGGUGUCAUUUCUGCUGCCGCCAUCAAUCAGAGCAUCGUGUACUCCAUUGUGGCAGGAAAUGAAGAAGAUAAGUUUGGGAUCAACAAUGUCACUGGUGUCAUCUACGUGAAUUCGCCAUUGGAUUAUGAGACAAGGACCAGCUAUGUGCUCCGGGUACAAGCAGAUUCUCUGGAAGUGGUCCUCGCCAAUCUCCGAGUCCCUUCAAAAAGCAAUACAGCUAAGGUGUACAUCGAGAUUCAAGAUGAAAACGAUCACCCCCCGGUGUUCCAGAGGAAAUUCUACAUUGGAGGUGUGUCUGAAGACGCAAGGAUGUUCGCGUCUGUGCUUAGAGUGAAGGCCACCGACAGGGACACGGGAAAUUACAGUGCCAUGGCCUACAGGCUCAUCAUACCACCGAUUAAAGAGGGCAAAGAGGGCUUUGUGGUGGAAACAUACACAGGGCUCAUCAAGACGGCCAUGCUUUUCCACAAUAUGAGGAGAUCCUACUUCAAGUUUCAAGUGAUUGCCACUGACGACUACGGGAAGGGGUUGAGCGGGAAAGCGGACGUACUGGUCUCCGUGGUCAAUCAACUGGAUAUGCAGGUCAUUGUCUCCAAUGUACCCCCUACGUUAGUGGAAAAGAAGAUAGAAGAUCUUACAGAGAUUUUGGAUCGCUAUGUUCAGGAGCAAAUUCCUGGUGCCAAGGUUGUGGUAGAGUCCAUAGGUGCCCGUCGCCAUGGAGACGCCUUCUCCCUAGAAGACUAUAGCAAGUGCGACCUGACUGUCUACGCCAUCGACCCUCAGACCAACAGAGCCAUCGACAGAAAUGAGCUUUUUAAGUUCCUGGACGGCAAACUGUUGGACAUCAAUAAAGACUUCCAGCCGCAUUAUGGGGAAGGAGGGCGCAUUCUAGAGAUUCGGACUCCUGAGGCAGUGACGAGCAUCAAGAAGCGAGGAGAAAGCUUGGGGUACACAGAAGGGGCCUUGCUGGCCUUGGCCUUCAUCAUCAUUCUCUGCUGCAUCCCAGCCAUCUUGGUCGUCUUAGUGAGCUACCGACAACGCCAGGCUGAGUGCACGAAGACCGCAAGAAUUCAGUCUGCCAUGCCUGCAGCCAAGCCUGCAGCUCCUGUACCUGCUGCACCCCCGCCCCCGCCACCACCACCACCACCGGGAGCACAUCUCUACGAAGAGCUGGGAGAGAGUGCCAUGUAUGAGAUGCCCCAGUAUGGAAGUCGCCGCCGACUGCUGCCACCUGCUGGACCGGAGGAAUACGGUGAAGUCAUUGGUGAAGCUGAAGAAUAUGAAGAGGAAGAGUGGGCAAGAAAAAGAAUGAUCAAGUUGGUGGUCGAUCGGGAGUACGAGAGCAGCUCCGCUGGGGAAGACAGCGCCCCUGAGUCGCAAAGAAGCCGAACUCACGAGCCCAGGGGCCACAGCAAUGUCAAUGGCAACAUCUACAUUGCGCAGAACGGUUCCGUGGUGAGAACGCGCCGUGCCUGUGUCGCUGAUAACUUGAAGGUGCCCUCCCCUGUGUUGCUUGGGAGGCAUCUGAAGAAAAUAGACAAGAUGGCAGGGACACGUGAGGAGAAUGUGCCCCUGAACACACUGUUCAAGGGGCCAUUUUCCACAGAGAAAGCGAAAAGAACCCCAACUCUGGUCACAUUUGCUCCCUGUCCUGUGGUGGCUGAGCACUCGUCAGUGAAGCCAUCGGGGACCAGGCUGAAAACCACAGCUGAGCAGAAGUCCAUGGUAGACAGUAGGCUCUCUAGAGAGUCGAUGGAAUUCCACGGUGACAACACACCAUCAGAUGAGGAAGAGCUCUGGAUGGGUCCGUGGAACAGCCUCCAUAUACCAAUGACAAAACUCUGACCAAUAAAAAUAAUAAUAAUAAUAACUUAGUUUUUACUUGUUUUUAAUGAACUCUGCUUUUUAUUGUCACAAAAAAAAAAAUCGACAUAUGGGGUUUAUCACAUGUGCACAACCUAACACGUCGAGUGAUCUGCUUUACAAUAAAAAGAAAGAGAUAUCAUUUGUAUCGAUGAAUUGUUAGCCCCAGAAAAACCUUUAUGGACAGACUGAAUUCACUAAAUAACAUCACUUCAAAGUCCGGUUGUUUAGUUGCAUCUUAAAUUAGGGUUUUUUUUUCCAUUGAAAUCAACAAGGACUAACUUAGUAGAAAUCAUUUUUUUUUUUUUUUUGCUUAACAUAGAUUAUACUCCAUUUCUAGAUUGACAGCACAUUUUUCGGCACAUGUCAUUUUAUUUUCUACGGGGGUAACGGAUUUUUAUAGGUACGAGAUUUAUACAGCUACUGUCUGUACUGCGCUGACUUUAUAAAAGAAAAUAGGCUUAGAAAGCAGCGGGUACGGGUGGAAAUCACUUGUAAGUUAUUUUUAAUCCUGAAGUUACUUUAUAUAGUAUCCAACAAUGUAGUUUUAAAGAUUUUUGAAGGCAUACUUUUGGCCUUAGGACGAACAUUCGAGGUCAAAGCUUUUGUAAAAAAAAAAAAAAAAAAAAAAACUGAACAAAAAAAA